CCAUUAAUUGGCAAUCCUUCAGGUGUAAGGAUGAUUCUACAAAACAAAGUAAUUUCAGGUCCAAUUUCAUUUCCUUGUGUAGCUAGCACAGCUCCUGCAAUUAUUUAUGCACCAACUUUACUUUAUAAACCCACACCACUCAGUGUUCCUGUUGUCACUUCGCAAAAACAGUCAAGUAUACUGUCUAGUCAUAUUGUGCAGGGUCAGCAAAGUUCUAACAUGUAUACACAUGUAACAAAUUGUGGUAAAACACUUGAAAAUUUAAUAAAAGCUCCAAUUGUUGGAAAUAGUGGCGGCAAUAUUCCGAAAGUUGUACAUGAAAGUGGUGUUAGAGGAAAUGAACCAAGUGUUUCUGUUCAGAAUGUUACAAUAGUUGUAGGAAAGGAUGGAGUUCAUUAUGAUAAGUCAACAGGUAAACCCUACAAAUACCCCGAUAAGAAAAAGUAUGUGGUUGCUGGGCCUAAAGGAAAGUUUUAUGAUAAAGCAACAGGUUAUGAAGUUGAUGUUCCACAAUCUGAGAACCUGAAGCAUGUACCAGGCACAGUGUAUUUAGCAUCAGAGGUGUCCUUUACUAAAGAAGUACAAGAGUUUUUAAAAAAGAAAAGGAAGAAAGAAGGUACUUCAAAGAAAUGUAAAAAAAGUAAAAAUGUGAGUAAAGAACUUACAUCAUCUGACGAGGAGUUUGCUAAGAUGUUGGAAACUGAAAUGGCGAAAACCAGUGAGGAAGAGUCCGACGAUAUUGACUAUGAUUAUGAGAAAAUCUCACAGCGUGUAAGGAUGGCUAGAAGUAAAAAGUUACCUGUAAGGCAGCAGCAUGGAACAAUGGACAUUGAAGACCAAGAAAGGAAGAAAGCGAUUCUGAAAUGGUGCCACUCAGUCCUAGGUAAUGACGUAUGUGAUAUAUUUCAGGUAUUACUAUGUAAUAGUAUUUCCAGGUAUUACUAUGGUAUAGUAUUUCAGGUAUGA